CCAAAUAAUUAAGUUAUGAUUUAUGAAACUCCGCACGGCGAGAUGCCUAAGCCGCGUGCCGACUACUCAACUACGUCUCUUUCACUAUUUUCUUUCUCCCCUUCCAUUUCUUUUUCUUUAAUUUCUUCCCAAUAUUUUCUCGGGAAACAAACACUCAUGCACACAUAUAACAUAUACAUACACACGUACACUUACUUAUCAAUUACCAUACUCUCUUCCAAGAAUUUCCCAUAUUAGUUAGGUGAAAUUUCGUUGUCCAUAUCAUCUUUCUCUUCGGCUACAGAGAAUUAUUGAUGGGAAAUUAUUCGAGUUGGGUGGAAGAAAGAAAGCGGAGGAUUAUGAAUUCAUGACACUGAUGCAACCAUCAACCAUGGACGAUUUGCCUGGAUCAUUUGGCACAAGUGCUAGUUUAGCUUUGCGUUUGGGACAGACCAUAUUCUCUUUCGCUUCUCUUCUCUUUAUGUGCUUCGAAGUACAGUUCUACAGCUACACCGCUUUCUGCUACUUGGUGACAGUCAUGGGGUUAGUAGUUCCUUGGAGCAUGACAUUGGUAGUGGUUGAUGCAUACUCUGUCUUUGUUAAAUGCUUACCUCGUCAACCAAGAACCAUAUUGAUAAUAAUUUUAGGCGAUUGGGCUUUGUCACUUCUGUUACUAUCUGCAGCCUGCUCAACUGCUAGUGUCACAGAUCUAUUGAUUGAUAUCAGUUUCUGCUCUGUAAAGUUAUGUAGUAGAUUUCAGUUAUCUGCAGCUAUGGCAUUCUUGUCUUGGUUUCUUUCCCUUGGUUCCUUCUUGUUCAAUUUCUGGCUUCUACCCCAACUAUGAAGAUUUUUCAUAGCAAACAAAGAUGAAUACUUUCAAUACCUAUUCUUCCAUUUUUAUUUCCUAAUCACAGAAAAAAAAAAGAAGAAAAAGAACAAGUUAUCUCAUCCCGGUAGCGAAUUCAAAGAGCUUCAAACCCAACUGGAGUCAUCUCUUGCUGAAGCUGUGACUGGAUUCUGUUUGGGACAAAAGUGCUAUCUUUGCUGCUUGGUACAGUACAGUAAUUCACAGCAGUCUUUCCCUUUACACAUAUUGUUUGUCUUUGAGGUAAUAAAAAAAUUGAGCACAAAACAAAUUGUAAGUAAGCAAGUUGUGUGUUCAGCAAAACAAGAAAAAGAAAAAUGCAUUGCUCAUAUAAUUUACUCCAUAGUGAUCUUUGUUGUUAACUUGUGAAAAGUAUAAGUAGCAUAGUUAAAAUGCAAAUUUUUUGAGGUGAAAAACACUGUUGUUUAGAUUUUUAUAUCUUUGUAUUGCUUACAGAUUUUUAUAUCUCC